AUGGCCCAGGGGGCAGUAAUCUGCGUGGUUCCAGAGCGGCCCACCCAUGCUGUGUGUGUGCUGGGCACCGAGUCUCGAGUCAACAUCCUCAGCUCUGCCCCCAAGGACUGCACAUCUUUCAGCAUCCAUACCUCACCAGAAGUGGUUGUGAAUGUUGCCCACGUCACUCCGCUCAAGAAGAACCCCACAGGUCCUUUCAAAUGGCCCCUGGACCCUAAGAUAGAGUUGAGUGUGAGGAUGAAAGCUUCUAGUACCAUCACAAGUGACCAGAAGGUUCGAAUUUCAUACUAUGGGCCCAACUCCCCACCAACUCAAGCCCUCCUUUACCUCACUGGAGUUGAAAUCUCCCUGCUCGCAGAUAUCACCCGCACAGGCAAAGUGAAGCCGACCAGAGCCAUGAACCCCCAGGGGACCUGGACUUGGGGCCCUCGCAGAUAUGGUGCCAUCCUGCUGGUGAACUGUGACAAAGACAAUCCCAAAUCCUCCACCAUGGAUUUCAAGGAUGACAAGGUUCAUGACCACAGAGACCUGCAAGACAUGUCUCUGAUGACCUUGAACACACGGACCCCCAAGGACUUCUUCACCAAAUAUCAACUGGUGCUCCACGUGGCCAAGUCGGAGAUGGACAAAGUACGCGUGUUUCACGCCAAACGGGACAAGUCGUCCUCCAAGUACGAGGUGGUCCUGGGGCCGCAGCAGCCGUCUCAUGUCCUGACACUCCCUGGUGGCCAGCACAGCGCCGACUUCUAUGUGGAGGGCCUUGCUUUCCCAGAUGCCACAUUCCCAGGGCUCAUUUCUCUUGGCAUCUCCCUGCUGGACACAUCCAACCCGGAGACCCCCGAAGCCCUGGUCUUCCAAGAUAGCGUGACCUUCCGUGUGGCCCCAUGGAUCAUGACCCCCAACACCCAGCCCCCGCAGGAGGUGUAUGUGUGCAGAAUUUUUGACAAUGAGGACUUCCUGAAUUCAGUGAUGUCUUUGACCAAGAAAGCCAAGUGUAAGCUGACUGUCUGCCCCGAGGAGGAGAACGUGAAUGACCAGUGGAUACAGGAUGAAAUGGAAAUUGGCUACAUCCAAGCCCCACAUAAAACGCUGCCUGUGGUCUUCGACUCGCCCCGAAACAGAGGCCUGAAGAACUUCCCCAUCAAGCGUGUGAUGGGUCCAGAUUUUGGCUAUGUGACUCGGGGGCCCCAAGCAGGGCAGAUCACCGGCCUUGACUCCUUUGGGAACCUGGAAGUGAGCCCCCCAGUCACGGUGGGGGAGAAGGAAUAUCCACUCGGCAGGAUUCUCAUUGGGAACAGCAGUUACCCCAGCAAUGAGAGCCGGGAGAUGCACCGGACCCUGCAGGACUUCCUCACCGCCCAGCAGGUGCAGGCCCCUGUGCAGCUCUACUCUGACUGGCUGGAUGUGGGCCACAUCGAUGAGUUCCUAAGCUUUGUGCCUGCACUGGACAGGAAGGGUUUCCGGCUGCUCCUGGCCAGCCCCAGGACCUGCUACCAACUGUUUGAGGAGCAGGAGAAAGAGGGCCACGGGGAAGCUUUGAUGUUCGAAGGAGUCAAGAGAAAAAAGCAGCAAAUAAAGAGCAUUCUUUCAAACAAGAAAUUGCGAGAACAUAACUCAUAUGUGGAGCACUGCAUCAACUGGAACCGAGAGGUGCUGAAGCGGGAGCUGGGCCUGGAGAAGGGGGACAUCAUCGACGUACCCCAGCUCUACCAGCUCUUGAAGAACUCCAGAGGGACCCUCAAGGCUGAGGCCUUUUUCCCAAACAUGGUGAACAUGCUGGUGCUGGGGAAGUAUCUGGGCAUCCCCAAGCCCUUCGGACCCAUCAUCAACGGCCGCUGCUGCCUGGAGGAGAAGGUGCGGUCCCUGCUGGAACCUCUGGGCCUGCACUGCACUUUCAUCGACGACUUUACCCCAUACCACAUGCUGCAUGGGGAGGUGCACUGUGGCACCAACGUGCGCCGGAAACCCUUCCCCUUCAAGUGGUGGAAUAUGGUGCUCUGA